UUAAUUUGGUUAGCCUUUCCCCUUGCUGCAAUAUCAUAUCGCUUUUGAGCAAUUAUACUCUAUAUGUGUAUCUUGGUUAGUGAUAUGUGAUAUUAGUCUUAUGCUGCUACAGUGAUAAACUCCCUCCCAUGUUCUUGUUUUUUCUUCUUACAUUUGGCAACAGUUAAUGACGGGGUUAGCACGGAUGAAUCCAUUAAUCCAUGAAGCAUCAUCUUCACCCGUGAUCUCUGAGACGGCCUCAUCCAUGUCCCAACGUAUCCCUUUCAUUUUCCCAGGUCAUUUAAGGCUCCACACUCUGUAGAUCCGCCGUACCGGCCGAGGUGUUUCGACGCAAUAUGAAACAUUGUCGGUGGUGGAACUAAGCCAUGCAUACAAGCUCGUCUUGUACUUGUAGGAGAUGUUGUGGUUGUCGAAAUACACGCUGUUUCUACCCUUCCAGGACAGUUUCUAGUUCGCCGCCUAUUAAAAAUUGCUAAGUACAAUGUUCUCUCCAUUAUAUGAAAGGUCACCUUGGGGCCCGCAGGUACAGAAAAACAACUGAUAAGACGUUGAGGACGCACGAAGGCAUCACGUGAGAUGCCUCUUGAAGCUUAUCACCUGCUUUGUCAACACCAGACUGGUGGAAGACAGGACGCCAGGUUCUAGGAGAAGCGCUUGGCGGCACACUGAAAGGAUAAUAUGACUGGAGCUAUCGUCACGUGACCUAUACCUGAGACUUGAACAAAUCUGACGUCAUAGAGGACAGAAAGAGCUGUCCUAACUUGCCCAGACGUGCCAUGAUGACGUCACAGCUGACGUCACAGGAUGUCCGGAACUGGUGCUGCGAUGCUUUGCAACCUGCCUCUGUGCUCCGUCGCCCAGCGACGGUCAGCGGCCGUUCCGGGCCACUUUUUUCAAGAUGAUGUCGUUGAUCUUCAACUAAACUCCUUCUCUUCACUCUAUUUCUAUCUUUUCAUUUUAUUUUCUACCUAGUUUUUUAUUUUUUAUCAGCUCGAGAAGCCGGCAACUCACACAGUGGUCUGGACGUGUCUUAGAUGAUCCCCAAUUGGUGUAAUGACUCCUUGAAUUAUCCUAAUUACUGUGGGGGGUCCCAAAUUGCUCUAAUUGCUAAUUAAUGGCGUCCAGGCGACUGUGUGACUUGCCGGCUUCUUGAGCUGAUACACUACUACUGAGCUCUAGUAACUUCUUGAGGGACUCGUUCCUCCUUUUUAAAGCGACUUUCUCAAAGCAACAUGAGGUAAGUUUUAAGUUCCUUUCAUUAAUUCUGGUCUACAAAUAAUACAUGGGACGUCUUCCCCCGCCCAUUAGACGAGAGUCAUGUGCUUGUCGGUGGUAUACGUGCACGGCGCUGCAGCUUCAAGUUGCUGUUGCGCGAUGAGCGCUAUAUAUUGUGUACGGAGACUCAGGUGAGGCUCAUCAUAGCGACGAGCAGGGUAUUUAUAAUACGCACUCUGGGCGUUUCUACGAUGUACGCGCACAGCGCUUCGCGGCCACCUAAAAUUCCGAUGCCUGCUUUCUGAUCGGUUGAAUAAUUUUAGUGCAACAUGAAGAGACACUCAAAUGCCGCCCCGUGACUUGCAGGUCUGAAGGACUGAUAGACAGGUCAAGAACUAAAAAGGUAGCCAGUAACGUGAAAGUAAUUUCAAUUUCAUUUCCAUAACUAUAGUAACUUUGUUGACAUCUUACUUUUUGUACACAUUAGAUCGACCUGUAACGAAAUCUUUCAGUCGAGUAAUUCCCCAUCUUUGUCUAAAGCACAUUAAUUCCGAAAUUUUUGAAACUGUAACGUACUAGUAUUGCACUGUUUCAAUAAAUGUGCUUCUAAUCGGCUCCUUCAAAAUUGCAGGAACGCAUCGAGAAGAAUGGCUUCAUCAUCUGAAUUUGAUUUAAAAACGGAACGGUCAGAGCAGUGGGAAGAUCUCAGGAGGGAGAUGCACCAAGCCAUUAUGCACGGAGACUGGACUGGUGUUCUUCGGUGCCUCGACGCCGUGCCUGCACUCAGGUUGUGGCUGGACCCCGAGCAAGAUGUAUCAGCCUGUUGCAGGGCGAUUCAAGUGAAAGACUUCCAUAUUCAGCGUCUACUAAUAUCACGUAACUGUACCAUACAAGAAAGCGAAUUGUCGUGUUACAACACCCCGCACCCUACUGAACGCGAUGAUCCCUAUAUUGCAUAUUUGAAAUGCAGAAGUCGUAGCCGAAACAGUCGUGAUGACUUCGACAUACGGUUGGAGAGUAUGUUUAAGAAGCUCUUCAAUGUAGAUUUGAUACAGCCAAUUUUGAAGGCGGUGGCAACAGCGGAACACCUAGCAAUAGUAUUCGACUGCAAGAGUGAAAACCUGCAGCAUGUUACGAGGCGUACGACUGGAUCAAUACUCGGUGCUACCUUUUCCGAAGAACAAACGAUUUUUAUCAUGGAGAGUGAAAAAGAAGACGAAGUCUUGGGAACGCUGGCCCACGAACUGUGCCAUUUCGCGCUUCAUCUGGUGUACGGAAACAGUGGCAAGCCAUAUCUUGGCUUUGAUACGGAGAAGGAACAGCUGUACAAGAGGGUCGUCGACGACGUCAGAAAGAAGAAACAAUUACACUUCAUCAUAAAACAAGCUCUUGGUCAGGAUGAGGAAGAAGAAGCGAUCGUUCGCGUUCCUCACGUACUGGCUCAAUAUGGCACAAGUCCUGGAGAAUCGAUUCUGCAACAGGAAGUACCGGAACUAUAUGGUUUCUUUAAGGACGUUGUCGUUCCAGACAUGCAGACGUACAUUCACAACAGGACCUCGUUGACGGAUUUUCGCAAAAUCGAAACUGAAAAUGCGAGGUUACGAAAGGCUUCCGAAACAGCCAAACUCAACCUCGCGUUCAAGGAACCACUUCGCCCGGACGACCUGGAAAAUGCGCCUCUUCUUAUAUUUACGAGUGCGGAACUCAGGCUUCUCGAAGUAAUGGUUCACAACGCUGUACGGUCUAGUCUACAACCAUACUUGUUUUUCGAAGCAAUCCAGUGGGACUUAAGGCUCAGCGAUGUGUUAUCCGACUACAAAUGUGCAUUUGCACUCGUGACAGUAAACCUGACAAAGGACUUCCGAGAUAUCCUCGAACUUCUGGCUAUUGCUUCCUCCGAGACAGGAGUGAAAGUUGUCUUGCUGGUAGAGAAGAACGGCGAAGAAGACCUGAUGAAUCUAGUGCGGGAAGAUACCUUCUUCGCCGAGAGACACGACGUUCGCAGCAACCUCUCAAUAGGCUUCGAGCACCUCACAGAGAAAUGCAAAACAGUUGUUUUUCAAAAAUCUCGCGUAAAACUUCAAGCGCAAGAUGCUUGUGCGCUCCCAGAAGCAAUGAACUUCGACAGCUUCUUCCGUUGCAUACACAUUGCGAUUUUCCUAAACAUGUGCGAAUCGAGCUACAUUGACGUGGGACCGCAUCUUCAUGAACUAGAAGGACAUGUUAAGAAUUAUUAUGUAGAACGACUGUGCACAAGGACUGCGGAAAUAGACCUGAAACAGUGUGAAUUAGAUGACGACAACGAGGCUUUCGCACUUCUGGGGUGUCCGCAUGACCCCGUGACCAAACUUCUUCCUUGUGGUUAUGAGGCAAAAGACAUCAAUGAUUUGCAUAAAUUCGAAAAAUUCGUAGUCCUCCGAGAGUCGCGUGACUACGAAGAUCUCACGGAAGUCACCUAUUACAGGAACAAAGUAGUGCACCUACUCCAGCUGAAUGAAGAACGUGACGGACUCGUGUGGACGAAAUCAAAUGGUCGUCUCAGUCACCUUCCAAUGACCGGAAAUAACGAGUACACCUUGGAAAUGUUCUUGGAGGUGAACGAGAAGGACGUCGUGGUUUGUGGUUCGCCCGGGAUAGGAAAGAGUGUGCUGGCGUCUCGGAUGUGCUCACCAAUAAAGGAACAACACUGGAAGAGGUGGGUGCUCUACGUCGACCUUCCCCAGAGAAUGGCAUCCGUUAAAGACAAGCUGCCCAGUCUCACAUUUCUAGCGGAUCUGUGCCAAGUACAAACAGACGGGCUGGAGUUUGCUUUGUUCGAGAAAAGCUUGAACAACGGAAGCCCUUUCGAAGUUGUUGUCAUCUUCGACGCGUUCGAUGGAAUCAACGCGAGAUGCCGCAAACGUGUCCUAGAUCUUGUAUCAUUUCUGAGUGAGAAGAAAGUAUAUAAGUUGUACAUAUUUACUCGUACCGUGUUUAAGUCCGAAGUACAAGAUGCCCUGCACACAGUGGCGUAUAAACUCGCUCCCUUUUCUGAAGAAAACCAGGAGGAGUUCCUUACGAAAUACAGGGAACAAAGAGAACAUUCACUUACGAGGAACGCUGCAGUUUCUCAGCUGUGGGAGCGAUUGUUCACGUCCUUGAAGGAGACAAACAAAACGAUCCUCGAAGCCCCUCUCCUACUUCGCAUGAUGGCUGAGAUGGAGAGCGGGAAAAUUGCAGAUGAUUACUCUUCACUACUUGACACCCCUGCUGGUACAAGUGUGUACCCUAUACAUAUUUACAAGGUGUUUGUAGAGUACAAAUACCUCGUAUACAGAAGAGAGAAAAGGAAAGAAAACAUCCGCCUAUAUCACGUGCAACAGGACGAAGACGACGCGAAGCUUGCGUUCUAUGCGAGUCAUGGUCUGCUUGCUAUGAAGUGCGUGUUUCGUGGAGAUGAAUUGGCAUCUCUGUUGAACGAGGAUGAAUUAGAAAAGUUAAAGCCCGGUGGAACUCUGUUCAAGGACCUAGCUGCCAACCGCCUUAAAGAAGGUUUUGUGGACGGAAUUAACGACGGAGUUCCAAUGUUCGUCCACAAGACUUUCGCUGAAUUCUUCGCAGCUGACUACCUUCUGCAGAAAGCAAAAGCCAGGGAGAUUCAUUAUUCAUUACUCUGGAAGAUCAUUGGGAGACCGGACUGUACAGAAGAUUACAGGAGUGUUAGGCUGUUUUUCGAUGGGCUGGCGUCGGCGUCCUUUCCACUUCACUCUGCUGUUAUGAACAACGACACUUCGUAUUUUGAGCAACAUGUUAUCGGAAGGGAAGAUAUGUGUAAGGUCGAUGAACUCAAAAGGACUCCAUUGCACGUGGCGGCCGUGUAUGCCGAUGAAACAGUAUUGGAGAGGCUUCCAAUGGAUGAUGACCUAAUCACACGCGAUAUCUUCGGUAUGACGAUGUUCGAAUACGUGCAGAAGCUUCCAGUGAGUGACUCUUUCAGAGAGCUCGGUAGGACGUUUGACCCAUAUAUGUGGAGUUCCAUUGACCUACAUAAACUUAACAUAUUAUACACUCGAUGUAGCGAGGAAGCAGUGAAACAUUCCGACGCAAUUCUACGCACAUGUGAAACCUUGACGGAAAAGAGACGUUUUGUAAAGCGAACAAUAUUCGAAGCUGUCAGACAGGACCUACAGGGCGUUUUGGACGUAUACCUCAGCUAUGUGUCCCCAAUAAAAAGAACAGGAGCUUUGGACAGAGAGACCCUGGAUAAGUUGAACGCACGAAAGCUUAGGAGAUCCAGAUGCUCUUCGGAGCUUCCCGUAAUUGAGUACCUCGAUAGAUUCAGAGGAAUACAUAAUAGAACUGUUCCUUUCUUCGCACAGUCCGAGGCUGUUUGCAAAAUGCUGAUUCCUUACUGCGAUAUGGGAAUGAUUGACAAGCAUGGCAAUACAAUGUUGCACAUUAGCGAGGAAAAAGGAAACCUGGAAACAACCAAGUUUCAUCUUGCACAUUCGUCCAUUCACCUCAGAAAUAGAAACCUUGACACUCCUAUGCACUUGAGUGCACGUGAACGAUGUGCAGAGGUCGUCAAGCUGCUGCUCCCUUUUUAUGCUUCAGUGAAUGUUCAGAACUUUGGUCGGGAAACACUGACGCAAGCAGCUGUCGGGGGAAACCCGAUGAGUAUUUUCGGUUCAUCUCAAGAAACUGUCACACGGUGCUGGUUAGAGACCGUAAAGUUGUUACUCCUGCGCGCCUUGGAUUACGAGCUUGUCCCUGUACAUGGUGCCCUCAAUAUCGCGAUGUGUUUUUUUGUUUUUUUGUUGUCUUUUUUUGCCUCAUACGUCACCUUAUACGGCUGUCUACCAUGGGAACCAGAGAACUGUUGCCGAGUAUGAAUGGCGAUCCCCAAGGAGAAAUUUGGUGUCUGAAACUCCUUCUCCUCCACUUAAAUGUCAUUGCUGCCGAUUGUUAUGGUGAAACACUGCUACGUCACAUUGCACUGCGUAAGUUACAUCCUACGGCACAAGUGAAUUACAGGAAGCUGCUCCUGCCACAUUUAAGUCACCGUGCUCAAGAUGUUGAAGCUAAGGAAAUGCGUGAGGAUGAUGGCGUACGUGGCUGACAUCGAUGAUUCGGACGCGGGCGAUGCCGAUAGUGGAAUCCUCGAUGAUGAUGACAGAUCGGUAUUGUCCUUUAAAGGAAACUAGGGUACUGUGGAAGCGGUGAAGUAUCACGUCUCACGAUCAUGCGUGUGAGUUACAGAUGACGCUGUGGACUCUCUAUCGCUCUUGACUGCAAAGUCUGGACACGCCGAUGUGGUCAAGUUUGUAAUUCCUUCUCGUGCUUCAGUCCAUGGGCCCAAUGCGCUGCAGUAUACGCCGAUGCACACGUGCGCCCAAUAUGGACACCUGGACGUCGUAAGGUUUUCUCCUUCGCUCGGGAAUGAGUGACACGCCUCUUCACGCGGCCUCUCGAUGUGGUGCCCUUCAUGUCGUGGACUUCAUUUUACCCCACUCGUUCGCCAGGAUGCGCAACUUCUCUGGUCAAACGUGCUUGCAUCUUUCCGUGCAGGGAAACAGUGUGAACAUUAUGAAAUGUCUAAUCCCACACUCCCUCGUCAAUUGUCCUGAUAUCCACGGCGUGACAUCCGUGCGA